AUGGUGCAAGCACAGUUUGGCAAGAAGGUCAAGCUCGUCCGACACGACGGAGCCUGCGAGUUCGAAACCAACUCGCUUCAAGAAUUCUACGAAUAUGAAGGCAUUGAGCAGCAGACGACGGUGCCAUAUGCACACCAGACCAACGGCACGGCAGAGCGCGCCAUUCGGACUAUCGUCAAAAUUGGUCGCAGCAUGCUCCACUAUGCUAAGUUGGAAAAGUGCUUCUGGGCCGAAGCAGCAAUGACGGCAACCUCCGUCAAGAAUCGUCUGCCGUCGCCUAAAGUUAUGCACAAGACUCCGUUCGAGAUCGUCCACAACUCCAAGCCAAGUGUCAAGCACAUGCGGGUGUUCGGUUGUCAGGUUUACAUACUGACACCGAAGGUGAAGCGGCUCAAGUGGGACCCCAAGGCUCGCACUGGGAUAUUCUUGGGCUACGAAGAAGCAUCCAAAGCGUACCGUCCGCCAACCACCGCUGAAGACGCCGAUGACAUUGACUUCGACUCCCUCGAUCUGGAUGAUGAAGCGCCAGGUCAAGCGCAGUACAAGCAAACAGGCAAGCGCAAGAGUCGUCCCCAUGAUGAAGGAGUACCAGCUCCACCCACGCGCACAGUGCGUCAACGGCCUGGACUAGAAGAAUCAAGUGCGCCAGACAAUCACACGACCCACCAAGAAGAAGAUGAAGAAACAAAGAAUGCUGAUGCAUCGACUCCGCCUGUGUUUUGGCGUGCGAGUGCGAACGCCAUCGAAACGGCAGUAGACUUAUCCGAGCCAUCGACUUUUGAAGCUGCGGUGGGCGGUCCUGAUCAAGUGCAUUGGCGCGAAGCUAUCCGUGCGGAACUUGAGUCGAUGCGACUUCAUCAAGCGAAAGCGGACGGAUCAAUUGACAAGUACAAGGCGCGUCUUGUGGCAAAGGGUUUCAAGCAACAAUAUGGGAUGGACCACACGGAAACAUUCUCGCCCGUCGUCAAGUACGUGACGCUGCGCAUGGUGAUUGCAGUCGCCAAGUAUUUCGGAUGGACCAUCGACCAACUCGACGUAUUGACGGCAUUCCUGUAUGGUGUCAUAAAGGAACAAGUGUUCUGCGUCAUCCCUGAAGGCGUGGAAUUGGAGGGCUCCUUCGAUUGUCUGGAGUUGGUGAAGGCAAUCUACGGACUAAAACAAGCGUCGCGCGUAUGGAACGAAACGUUUGACGUGUUCGUUUGUGCUAUUGGAUUUCAAGCGUCAAGCCUCGACCCGUGUCUCUACAUAAGGAUUGUGGAAGUACAAUGCGUGCUGCUGCUGGUGUAUGUGGAUGACGUGUUGAUCACCGGUAGCUCAUGCGAGCUAAUUGCACGCACCAAGACCGACCUGAAGACACGAUUCGAGAUGACUGACAGCGGCAAGUGUGCAUUUGUGCUUGGAAUCGAGCUUUUGGACGGCGCAGAUGGAAGCGUGACACUAUGUCAGCGUCGGUAUGUAGAUGACAUACUCAAGCGCUUUAACAUUGAUGAUUGCAAGGCCGUCGCAAGUCCAGUCGACAUGAGCUCUCGACUUGUUUCAAGUGAUGCAGCCACCAAGGUCGAUGCUCCUUUUCGCGAAGCUGUUGGUGCGUUGAUACACCUGACCACUGCAACGCGCCCGGAUAUUGCGUUCGCCGUGGGCUAUGCGUCGCGAUUCAUGGAGAACCCUCUAGAAGAACACUGGGUUGCAGUUAAGCGUAUCUUCCGCUAUCUACAAGGCACCAAGAUGCACGGAAUCUGCUACAAGCCAACCAGCAAGAUCGACUUUCGUGGCUACUCGGAUGCAGACUAG